CUCUUUUGAGUAAACUCUGGAAAUAUCCCGCCUUUUCUCUCCCCAAAAAAUACAGAGAAGUCAAGAAAGAAGAAGGAAAAUCAGAGGAAAACAAAAACACUUUUUAUUAUAUUAUUAAUUUAAUUUAAUUUAAUUACAUCAUUUUAUUAUAAUUAAAAUUAGAAUUAUUAAUAAAUUUGUGCUAUUAAAAAAGUUGGAAAAUAUGCAAGAACAGGCUACUACAAGUGCUACUUCUGCUGCUGCUAAUUCUUUGCCUUCUAGUAGUGAGAGAUCUUCUGGUUCUGCCCUUCAACUUGAUCAUAAAGAAGGUAUGGAGAGUGAUGACGAAAUCCGGAGAGUACCAGAGAUGGGAGGUGAACCAGGAGUAAAUUCGGCUUCCGGCCGCGACACCAGUUCUGCGGCCGGUCCAGACCGGGUUCAAGCAUCAGGACAGAGCCAAAGGAAGAGGGGUAGAAGCCCUGCUGACAAAGAAAGCAAACGUUUGAAGAGGUUGUUGAGGAAUAGAGUUUCAGCUCAGCAAGCAAGAGAAAGAAAGAAGGCAUAUUUGAGUGAUUUAGAAACAAGGGUUAAAGAUUUGGAGAACAAAAACUCUGAGUUGGAAGAGAGAUUAUCUACUUUGCAAAAUGAGAAUCAGAUGCUUAGACAUAUACUGAAGAACACAACAGCAGGCCGUAGAGGAGGUGGUUCUAACGGUGAUGCAUCCCUGUGACAUUACGAAACAAUACAACCUUUUCAUGAAAGCUACCCUUACGCAGGGAUUCAGAUUUCGGAUAGCGUUUAGCACAUGCAACAAAUGAAGAUACUGAAUUAGGCUAUGUUUGGCACACUGAAGCUAGCUUUUUUGAGCAGCUGUUUAUGGACAUCGGUCAUGAGUGGCUUUUGCAAAGCUUGGGGCUACUUGGAAGAUCAUGUGAAUGACCGCUUUUGGAAUUAAGAGGCUUAUUAACUUUCUUUGGUGUAUGCCAAACAGUGCCUUGAAUAUUAGAUAUGAGUUAAAAUAUAAACACCAACCGCUUUGUACAUAGGCCUGGGAUGCUCUCGGUGGCUAGCAUCCAGAAACAUGAAGGCUUAAAGGGCAGGAUCCGAAAAGAUGUUCUAUUUCUAACCCGAUGUGAUAAGGGCAAUUCCAUUGUUCUAAAGGCAUGUCUUUUACAGAAGAUUAAUCAUGGUAUGGAGAUUCUCCUUUGAGAUAUAAAUAUUAUGUGACAUCAGUAGUUUGUAAUAUUGUGAAGAAGUAUCAACAAGAAGCCUUGAAAUUUGUUAGUGUAAACCAAAGGUUUGCCCUUGUUAAUGUAUUUUAUAAAGCUGUAAUGGUGAUGAAUGAAGCAUUUUGGAUAAUAAUACAUGCAUGGUCA